GACACUUUAAACGCUUAGAGAAGAAGUUGUUUCGUAACACUCGGGAAAGUUUUUCGGCCUCUGCCUUAAUGCAAGUGUGUCAUUUGGAUGUGUUUCAUGCUAUUGUGAUUCGGGUCGUCUGUCGUCUGUGGUCUUUCAUAACGGCGCACUUUUAACUUGAGGAAUAUUUACUGACAUAAUUCCAGUGGCAGCAGCCAUGCUCAGGUGUGACUCAAUAAAUACAGACAUGCAGUCAUUAUACCAGAUUAAACCACCAUCUGAGGCAUUUGGAGUCGUAUCAUCCGCAGCCCAGAUGUACCAUCAUCACUUCCAUUACCCCGGCUAUCAGCACUACACCUACGGGAGCCCCCCUCACACACACCCUCAGUCCCAGGAUGUCCAUCACUCCCAGAACGUCCAUCACUCCCAGAACGAACCUGUCGACUUGACCGUCAGCAAAACAUCCUCCGUUUCGUCGCCUUCCUCAUCUCUGGCAUCGUCAUCACCUAGAGCCACUCCUCCAUCCCUUUAUGAGCGCGCCAGUCCAGUCUCCCAAGGAAGCACUUGCGGGUCAUCUCAGACAAGGCAGCUGUCCCCACCACUGGCCCUUUCCAUGCCUGCGGUGACGCAGGUCUUGACACCCAUUGUAUCGAGUCCUGGCUUCAUUCCAGUAAUUCCAAUGCUGCAGUCAUUAUCUAUGAUCUACCCCUCCCUACACCUGCCUCCCUCCAUCAUGAUUUCACCCAUCACACCUGAUGAUCCUGCUCACCACAAACAGUUCCAUAUAAUGAAGUCAGAGAAUCCCCCAAACAAACAUGAGCUCAAGCCAAUCAAAUCUGAGCUUCAUUCUGAACACGCUCAGGAACCCCGCAGCCAGGAAAUAACCUCAUCAGUCAUUACUGUCCCACCAAGUUAUAAUGAGGUAAACACACACUCUGUGAUUGUACGUCGAAAGGUAGAAUCUCCAGAUCCAUCGAAGAAGCGUCGAAUUCAUCGCUGUGACUUCAACGGGUGCAAUAAGGUUUAUACCAAAAGCUCCCACCUGAAAGCUCAUAGACGCACACAUACAGGAGAGAAGCCCUAUAAGUGCAUGUGGGAAGGCUGUACGUGGAAGUUCGCCCGCUCUGAUGAGCUGACCCGUCACUUUCGGAAGCACACGGGAGUAAAGCCAUUCCAGUGCCCUGACUGUGAUCGCACCUUCUCUCGCUCCGAUCACCUCGCUCUGCACAAGAAGCGUCACCUGCUGGUGUAAGCUCAGUACUGCAACACGUGAACGGAGCAGAACUCGCACCUUCUUUUAAGCCGUUGCUCAACAGGAGUUUCAUCUUCAGUGAUGUUAAGGGACGUUUUGUGUAUCCCGUCUACUCCCUGUCCAGGAAACGAUGCGUAUAGGUAGAAAGAGUGGAACUGAUGGAUUACACCAUGCUAGCUCUUACUACAGGAAAAUAAUUAUUGUCCAAGUGGAUUUUGUCAGCGUUACUAUGGAUAUGAAGAAAUGCUGAUAGUGCUGUGGAUAUGACCCUUAUCUAUACAAAAUCGAAUGGCAUUUAAAUUCAAUGCAAUAGGCACCUUUAAGUCUUUUUCUUGAUACCAAGCACUCUCUCUCUCUCCCUUAUCUCUCUAUACAGAUCUCUUUCUCGUUUUGUUUUGCCCUCUGCCGGUCAGAGGCCCCAUUGUGCCAGUUACAGCACAAACAAGCAAAUCCACAUGUAGUAUGUCAGUAGCCAGUCACACACACAACUCAGAUAGUUUCACACCGUCACACUUAAUGUUGGUUUAGGUUGCAACUCGGGUCAAACCUGCACAAUGUGAAUUUUUCUCCUUUUUUUGUUUUUGUUUUAAAUAUUACUUGGUAAAUAAUUGUGUAUAUGCAGAUCCUGCAUAUGUAUUCAGCAUGUGUGUUUCAUGUUUCAGUGUAAGGACCAAAGCUGAUUGACCAUUUGAUUGGGUCUGUCAGUCAUUAUACAUUGACUCUUAAGAGUUAAGUUUUGACAAAGAAAUUGUUUUUGGUCCCAAAAGUAGCUUAAAGCACCUGACCUAUUACUAACCUAGUAAAACAGUGACAUGUUUUAUUAAUUGUAAUCAUGAAUUAAUACUGUUACCGUAAGUACUAUGUACUGUGUAAGUUCUUGCAACAUGCACAAUUUACGAUUUAGUAAUGAAAUUAUAGUAAUGAUUUUACCCCACAUACAUUCUAAAAAUACAGGUAAUUAUGUUUAAGAGUUCAAAAUAGUGACUUAAACGCGAAUAGGCUCGCUUGAUCCUCCAACACAUACAUAUUAGUUGCAAGGACUUAUAGAAUGCUUCAGUUUGCUUAAUCUCACCGUUAUUCAUAUUUGAAUAAUUUCUGUAAUCAUGAAUAUUCAUAUAAUCCUAAAUAUUUUGUUGCGUCUUGUGUUUUAUCAAAUCCAGUGUCUGAGGUUCAAAAGGGUAAAAUCGUUAUUCCACUGAGGGGUGUUUAGGUGGAGAAGUUUAAUAAAUGUGAACCAUUCAAUAAAGGGCAUUAUUUUAUUAGAGUGAGUUCAUCUAGGUUAUGGGUGACAUUGUCUUACUGCUAAAACUUUGUUUGUGAAAGAUAUGUUUGACGUGUGAGACAGUCAUGGAUACAUGCAGGGAUGAGCGUAGCGUUUGUAGGUUUUGCAAAUCAUUUUUUAACGUUAACAAAUGUUUGUAAAGGGCAAUGUGUAAGCAGAAACAGUGCACUUUAAAAAUAGAUUUGAAAUGGCAAAUAUCUAUAAAUGGGGGGUUAUGAAUAGCUUGAAGCUUUGGGCUACAUCUCCGUGUUUUCCUUUCUUACAGUAGUUUAACAGUUUGUAUUAGACCAGUUUUCUGAUUUCUUUUAUCAACUGAAGGGCAUUUUUUGACAUUUCGAAGGAGGAAAAGAACAAGGGGGCACUUACAUAAGAAAUGAAAAAGUCCUUAAUGAGACGAAAGAAAGAAUUACAGAGAAAAAGGACGAAGCGUUUAUUAUAUCGGUCUAAUAUAAACCUUAGUAAUAUACACAUCACAGAAAUGAACUAAUCAGAUAGGAUAAUGGAAAUAUUAAUAUAUAUAGUCUAUAUUUUUAAAGCAAUAAUAUGACUGAAUGGGCAAUUUAUAGAAAGCAUGAUUAUGAUAUAUAUUUAAUCCAAAACAAAUAUUAUACAUUUUUAUAAAGAUGUGAAUCUUCUGUCUUUUUUUAUUUACUUAUUAUAUUUUUCACAGUUCUAGGGGAAUAUUAUGCUGUGUCAUUAUAUCAAACUGUGAAUUUAAUACAAAUUGUUCAGACACUUUUUUUGUAUUAUGUAGAUUUAAAUAUGUAUCAUUCAAUAAACUUUUUAUGGUGAA